AUGCUGACUCCACUCUUUUUUGCCGCUGCCGUUGUAGCUGUGGUGUCCGCCCAGGCAGGGCCCCCGGACAUGUACGGCCUCAUCAAUACGUUGUACAUGAAAGCGGACAAAAACUUUGACGGUAUUAUCACGGAACCGGAACUGGCCGCUGUAUUUGAAGGCUUCGAUCUUAACAAUGACAGUAUUGUGACAAUGUCGGAGUUUACUGGUCUAUGGAAACUGUUGACUCACCAGAGCCAAGAGCACGCUGAGGCAUUCUUUCACUUAGCUGAUCUCAACGACGACAACGUCAUCGACUCUCACGACCUUCCACUCCUUUACCACGUCUUCGACAUCAACGGUACCGGAACGGUAACCGCAAAGAACUUUGCCACUAAAUGGGUCCAGAUUAUCCAGGAGACACCGUUUGCUGUGCUGUUUGAGCGAGCAGACACGGAUCACGACAACCAAUUGACAGCCACAGAGUUCAACGGUUUCUUCAGCUCAUUCGACUUCAAUAGUGACAACUCGGUAGAUAAGGCCGAGUUCGAACACGGUUGGACCACUUCGCUGUUCGGCACCGCUGCUGAUGCUGAUCAUAUCUUUCCUCAGAUAACAACUACUGGGAUGAUCGGUGAUGCACAGAUGGGACCAUUGUAUACUCAGUACAAUGCUGACCAUGACGAUCACUUGACAAUUAUUGAAGUUUCCAAGAUGGCGACAAUGCAGCCACCCCCUCCGUCAUCCUAAACAGUCCGCCUAUCAACAAAAUGACGUAAUUCAGUCAGAAAG